UUUCUCUCCAAGCCGCGCCUGCUCCCUCUUGGUGGGGUUGGAGGCUGACUUUACGGAUGAAAGGCAGCCUAUCAGCAGAAGAAAAAAAAAAAGAAACAUGUGGAAAAGGAGUAUAUAUAGAGAGAACGAGUAAAUCCCGAACGCUUUCCGGGCUGAUAGGUUUAUUUCAGCAGCUCGGUGGAUCUUUCUUCUCAUAUCGGUUCUCCAGAGAGCGAAUGGACUCAGCAGGACAACCGUAGACCUCAGCGUCCACUCCGCCGUCUGCAUUGUGUUGAACUGUUGGGGGUGGAAGAGGAUUCACCGGGUAAGCGGACAGGAAUACCAUGCCGACGAGUGAUUGCCCAGGCCGCUUCCCCGCAUUUGUGCCUCCGCCUCACAGCAGCCAUCAGAGGUGUCCAGGUUACGUCCCCGGACGGGUGGCUCCCGCCCGCCCGCCUACACCUGCCAAAGCUCCUCCACCUCCACCGUUCAAGCCUCACGUCCUGCGACUGGAGCAACGGACUACGCCCAGUUCGUCCGUGGAAAACCAGCGCAGGGAAACUCAUCUUAGCCUACUGCAAAGGAAAAACACUCUUAUCUGCUGCGGCUUCUCAUUGGGUGCUUUCUUUCUGACACUUAUUCUUGUCCUCAGUCUCACAUCUGGAGAAGAGUUCGAUGAGAACUGUCCAGACCAUCACCUAUCCCUAAGUAGCUGGAAUCCAGGCCACCAACCAAACAAGGAUAUUGUUGUUCGGAGAGGACACUUGUAUAGAUUGGAAUCUUCUGCCACCUUCCGUUCACUUACCAUUCAGUCAGGAGGUCGAGUAGUUUUUGCUGACAAUUCGGACGGCAGCAGAAAUAUAACCUUAAGAACACAUCACAUCCUUAUUGAAGACGGUGGCGCCUUUCAUAUUGGUUCACCAAAAUGUCGGUAUCGGUCCCGUGCCACAAUUGCCCUAAUCGGUCGCUCGGACAACAAAGCUGUCCCCGAGGUGCCCGUCCUGGGUCGCAAGUUCAUCUGCGUCAUGGGGGGGGGAACUCUAGAGCUGCACGGCACAGAGCGGGUUUCCUGGUCUCUGCUGACCAGAAGCAUCCCCGCAUCCGGGCUUGCCACCGGCGGUUAUGCCUUCGAGAAAAACUUCAGCCGAGGGAUCAACUUCCGAGUGUUUGACCAGGAUACAUCUGCACUGCUGCACGAGGAACGCUACGAUACACACGAUUCCCGUAAUGACAGCCGGAGACUUACCCAGCAGCUCCGCUCUCUGCCACCGGGCCGCAUAGUCGCUCUGGCUGUGGGGGACUCCGCGGUCAAGAGCCUGCUGGAGGAAACCAAGGCGGCCUUUAAAGAGGUCCUUGGCAGCAGAUUUGCCAGUGAUCUCAAAUACAGGCAGGCGUGGGCUUUGGUUUCUGUGGUUGGCGGUGGCAACGAGUCGUGCUCGGAGGAUGUGAGGGAACACGAAAACCUUAACACAGGUGGAAGAGCUCUUGCAAGUCGCAGUUUCACCACUGUGGAGGGAGUGAACUUCUCAGUGUCGGCCUACAGCGAGUGGAAGAAUGGCUACCCCAUCAUGGGCUUCCUGGUAGACGCUGCAGACCAGGUGGUGCUUAACCUCCAAGAUGAAGUCCAGCAGACCUGGAAACCAGGUGAUAAUAUUGUGGUGGCCAGUACAGACUACUCUAUGCACCAAGCUGAAGAGUUCACCCUGCUACCCUGCCCUCAGUGUACCAGCAGGCAGGUCAGGAUACAAGGGAAGCCUCGGUACAAUCAUGUUGGUGAGAUCAUCGAUGGAGUCGACAUGCGAGCUGAGGUGGCUCUGCUCUCCAGGAACAUUCUCAUCUACGGAGAAAUGGAAAGCUCUUGCUAUGGAGACAACCUGUGCCAGUUCUUCAACCACGACACCUUUGGAGGUCACAUCAAGAUCCUUCGUAACUUCUCAUCGGUGCAUCUGUCCCAUGUGGAGUUAAAAAACAUGGGCCAGCAACGAGUAAGAGGCAGCUACCCGCUUCACUUUCACAUGUGUGGGGAUGUUGACCAGAAGGGUGGCUACAGGGAGCCGACGUAUGUGGAUGGAGUUUCCAUUCACCACUCCUUCUCCCGCUGCCUCACCAUCCACACCACCAACGGGCUGCUGGUGCAGAACACAGUGGGGUAUGAUACGUUGGGUCACUGUUUUUUCCUGGAGGACGGAAUUGAACAGCGGAACACUUUCUACCACAACCUUGGCCUCCUGACUCAGCCUGGGACUCUGCUGCCAACAGACCGCAAUGAGACUCUGUGCACCAGUAUCAGGGAUAAAGUCUACAAGGGCUACACUCCUUCACCAAGUACAGAGUGCAAGGCAGUCUCAACAUUCUGGAUCGCCAACCCCAACAACAACCUGAUCAGCAAUGCAGCUGCUGGCUCUCAGGACGCUGGAAUAUGGUUUGUGUUCCACAGCUCUUCCACUGGAGACUCUCAUGGGCUUGUACCAGAGACCAAGGCAGAGCUCACUCCUCUUGGGAUUUUUUAUAACAACCGUGUGCACUCUAACUUCAAGGCAGGGCUGUUCAUUGAUAAAGGAGUGAAGACUACGAAUGCCAGCGCUGCUGAUCCCCGGGAAUUCCUCUGUCUAGACAACAGUGCAAGAUUUCGACCCCACCAGAAUGCUGACCCCAGUCAACCUCGAGUGGCCGCAGUCAUUGACUCUCUGAUCUCAUUCAAGAACAAUGACUUAGGAGCAUGGAUACGAGGGGGAGACAUUAUCAUCCAGAACUCUGGCUUUGCAGACAAUGGAGUGGGACUGUCUUUUGCCAGUGAUGGCAGCUACCCUAAGGAUGAAGGGUCCAGCCAGGAGGUGACACAGUCCCUGUUUGUUGGGGAGAGCCGAAACAGAGGCACCAACGGAGGACAGAAUAAAUACUGGGGGAUGGGAGGAACUGACGGAAAGAUGCGGACACUGCCAAGAAACAAGACUUUCCCAAUCCGAGGUUUCCAGAUCUAUGACGGUCCAGUGCGUGUUACCCAGAGUACGUUUCGAGGUUUCAUCCCUACACUGGAGCGCUACACCAGUGCAGUUGGCUUCAACUUGAAGAACACCUGGCAGCUGACCCCACGAAACAACCUGUCCCAGCUCAGCUUCCACCCUAAUGUGGCUCUUCGAGUGUUCUUCGGUCGUCCUGGACAGUGGUUCGAUGAAAACGACCUGGAUGGGGACAAGAACUCAAUCUUUCAUGACUUGGACGGGUCAGUAACUGGUUACAGAGAUGCGUAUGUCGGCAGAGCAGACAAUUAUCUAAUCCAGCAUCCCGACUGUCAGAAAAUUCCCCGGUGGAAUGGAGUCAUCUGCAGCGGGCGCUAUUCUCAGGUCUACAUUCAAACAUGGGGAGCCCCCAGCCUGAGUUUGUCUAUCAACAGAGAUGAAUACCCUGACGCACCUCUGGUGCUGAGAGGGAUUAACAGCCAGGGGGCGUCAUCUCAACAAUACCAGCCUAUCCUGAUGAUGAGCAAGAGCUACACUAUGCACUGGAAUGGACCUGCGCCCAGAGAGGUCGUCCUCUCUCUCAUCAAUUUUGAUAGAGACGACUGGGUUCUGGUUGGACUCUGUUACCCAUCAGACACAACGUUUCAGAUCAUGAGUGACAUCUAUGACAGGCAGAGAAAUACAUUUGAUGACAUUGUUGAUUAUGGCCCCGUUUCCUCGCUGGCCCAGCUGAAGUCCACAGAAAGAAAGUACUUCUUUGACCAACCUGUUGGCUUACUGUGGUUUUACCUCCGAGCCCGGCAUGGACGGGAUGGCCACAGCUACUGCUCAACCAAAGGCUGCGAAAGAGUAAAAAUCACAGCCACUACAUCGUCCAAACAGACCUGCAACUGUACCGCUAAGGCCUAUCCCAAGUACUCCAAGCCCCCCUCAGCUGUGGUGCCUCUGCCAGCUCAAAACACGCAGCUUUGCAAAGACUGUGGGGCUGAGAAGAUGGUGUUUUCUAGUGAGCCUUGGAUGUCCUACCUUCACACACAAGUUAAGUCUUUAAGCAGCAAAGAAAAAGGACAUAAUGACUCCUUUAUUACUGUAAAUGAGGUUACCAUGCAAUUUUCUCAGACUGGGUUUUUCCUGGUCUCUGUGGAUGCCUGUUCGGGAAAAGUCACCAAAAAAGUCUCAUUUAAGAAGGUAGACACAAAGAUGAAACAGUUUCUAAAAACAGGAAUCCCAAAGCGGUCAAUAGUACUCUUAGCAACACGAGGUCAGCCUGAGGGGCUGGUGGACAUGGCUCCACUUCUGAUUUCUUUUGGUUUUGCUAAAGCUGCUGAUCUGCACAAAAAAGACAGCCUUGCAAUGUGGGGAUUCCUGGGUGCUUCUCCGCCUCCUUCGUGGGUUUCGCUCCAAACUGGAGAAGAGGACAACACGUUGGGGCUGCAGGAGCGCUACCUGCCCCUGGGUUUGGAGAGUUACGGCUGUUCGCCACUUGCAGCUCAAAAACGCAAAGACCUUGAGCUUCUGAAAAAAGCCACAGGACAACACUAGCCAAUGUGAACACUUCAACCUGCCAAGCCAAAAAAAAAAAAACUUGCACACGAACACACAGCCAGUUGAUGAAUGUGAA